CAUUUUGGGGGCAGUAAGACCCAGCGCGGGCCCCAGGGACACCCGCCGCCCCAGCGCCGCGCACCCGCCCGCCACUCACCCACCGCCCGCCAGGCACCAUGAGCGAGGCGGCGGAGACCACCACCACCAGCACCGCCAGCCCGGCGACCACCACCACCACCACCACCACCACGACGACCGCCGGAGCCCCCGCGCCGCCGUCGCCCGCCGCCCCGGACGCCAAGCCCAAGAGCCCUGUCAGCGCCGCCGCACCGGGCGCGGUUGCUGGUGAGGCGGCUCCCGCCGCCGCCGCCGCCACCACCACCACCACAACAACAACAACCGGCGGGGCCGAGACGGAGAAGAAAGUGCUGGCCACCAAAGUUCUUGGCACAGUCAAGUGGUUCAAUGUCAGAAAUGGAUAUGGCUUUAUCAACAGAAAUGAUACCAAAGAAGACGUGUUUGUUCAUCAGACGGCGAUAAAGAAAAACAACCCACGGAAGUAUCUGCGCAGUGUUGGUGAUGGAGAGACUGUAGAAUUUGAUGUGGUCGAGGGAGAGAAGGGUGCAGAAGCAGCUAAUGUCACUGGUCCAGAUGGAGUCCCUGUAGAAGGCAGCCGCUAUGCUGCAGACCGGCGCCGCUAUCGACGUGGCUAUUUUGGCCGACGCCGUGGACCACCUCGAAGUGGUGGUGAGGGAGAAAUCAAGGAUGGGGUCACAGAAGGAGGACAACUUCAUCAACAAGUCAAUAGGAAUCCUACGUAUCGUCCCCGCUAUCGCAGAGGGCCCCCGCGUCCACGCCCCGCCCCAGUGGCUGGAGAGGCUGAAAACAAAGAGAACCAUCAUGAGGCCAAUGCUAUGAGUCAGCAGCCACUUCGCCGUGGGUAUAGGCGCCCAUACAACUACCGGCGUCGACCUCGUCCACCCAAUGCUCCAGCUCAGGAUGGGAAAGAGACAAAGGUGACUGAAACACCUGCUGAAAAUCCUGCUCCAGUGACCGAGCAGAGUGGUGCUGAGUAAUGUCCGGCUCCCCAGGCACCUUUACGAUCCCUCAGGUGUCCUAAAAUACAACUCAAAAGUAACACCAAAGAAACACACAAGCAAUAAAUUGUCAACAGUGAUGACGAAAGCAAAGAUUUUGAAACAUCGGAACUUAAAAGAAAAAAAAAAUUACCAGCAGCUGAGAUCCAGGGAACGCCUGCAA